AUGCUCCACCUCUCCACUAAACAUUUGAACAACGACGACUUGGCCCGACUCCAAGCACCAGGCAGGACGAACUUUGUCCCAGUGCCCUCACUUCCAGGCGUGCCCUCCAACGCGAACCCUGGAAACUGCUCGAGCUGUGGGAACGACUACGCGGAGGGUGCUCGAUUCUGCCGUGACUGCGGCCUUGCAAAACCCUCCCAGGCUGCCUUGGUGUCUGUGCGGAACGAGGUGCCCCGGUCAGAGAUCAAGAGGAACGUGUCGUUUGGGCCUACCUCAGUCUCUGACCUCUCCGCACAGGCCUCGCAGGCCCUGCCCAAUGCACCGCCAAGGUUGAUCGCCCGUUUGCAGGAGUUGGAGCUUGACAGCCUGCUUGCUCUCUGCGAGCGUUUGGAGGGCCGUCUCUCCAAACCGAAGAGGUCAAACAGGAUCAAAGCCUCUGAAGCAGAGCUGGAUGACCUUUGCGAGUCGUUGGUCGACCCGGAUGCCACGCCAUCUCCACAAAUACGUCAGCAACAGCAGCAGCAACAGCAGCUGAGGUAUUUGACCCAGUUGCGUGAAGCCAAGCAAGCUGCAGCCGAAGGGUUCGCGCCCCCACCAACGAGCACUACGAGACCGAUCUUGAGAUCAGAUGCACCGGCUCCUGCCAUACAAGCUCCGACUCCGUCACCUUCACCUUCUACGCAGGUGCCUUCAACUUCGGUUGGCACUUCUCCAGAGCCUCCAGAUGGACAAAAGAGCAUUCCAGCUUCGAAGCAGGAGGUUCUGGAUGCCUUGCUCCUAGAGCUCAACGAGUUGCUCGAAAAAGCACCAGCCCAAAGCCAACUGCCUACCGCAAGCAGCGGCCCCAGCCUCUGCGGCAGCCCGACGCCCAAGCCCGAGCCCAGUCCGAAGCCGGCGAAAGCGGGCGCUAUCGCGAACUCUGCCGGGCCUCUCCCGGUGGAGGAGCAGGCGAUCUUGAAACCAGCAAAGCCAUCCGCUGCAUUCAUCGACACGGUCUCCAUGCUGCAGGACGGGUUGAGGACCUUGGUGGAGAGGUUCUCCGACGAAGUUGCACAAGCGAGUGCAGAGCUAAAAGCAGAAAAUGAACGUUUGUUGGCUGAGAUUGCAGAGUUGCGGAUGCAGCCUCGUGAUCCUGUCACAAUCCUCAGUGCACCGCAGCGGAUAGAGGCCGAAUCUCCGGCCGAAGCGAUCUUGGGGCCCGCAGAAGCGGAGACGCCCAUGGCCAUGGCCACAAGGAUGCAGCCCGAGCUCGCAGUGCGAUUCCAGGCCCAAGAGCAGCGGAUUGACAUCCCGGGCGGGCCGCCCGAGCAGGCGCCCGAAUGCCCGGAUUUGGAUCCUCCGGAAGCGGAAGGCCGCGAAGGCCGCGACGAGGGCUCAGGCGGCGGGAGUCUUCCCAGCUUCGCGGCUCGCAGCCAGUGGGUGCAGGAGCUCCAGCCGGGUCAGGCAGACUGGGGGGAGAAUGCCGAAGAGUUCGAGAAGGCCACAAGGCCCCUCAGGUGCUCCUGCGUGUGCCUGCACGAGCUCUCCCGGAAGAGGAUGCUCUGGGACCUUCUCGGCCUACUUCUGCUGAUCUAUGACUUGGUGAUGACACCGUGGCAGGUAGCUUUCGGGCAGGUGGGCACAGUAUCAGAGGUCAUGACCUGGGUGCUCCCGGUGUAUUGGGCCAUCAACAUCUUCAUGACCCUCUUUUGCACCAGCUUCUCCUCCGGGGGUGUGUUGCAUUCGAACCGAAAAGCCAUGGUCUGGAGGUAUCUGACACAGGGCUUCCUCCUCUUGGACCUGCUGACGACCCUCCUGGACCUGGCGGUGCUCACGACUUUCUACGACCUCCCACAGUCCGCCUACCAGUCCCUCCGAAGUUUGGUCCUGAACAAAGAUGUUUACCUUGCCAUCCAAGCUGCCCGUCUCCUUCGCAGCGUCCGGGUGAGCCGAAACCUACUCGGCGUCCGGGCCCGCAUCCGGUCGGAGCUGUGGCGUGCAUUGGGCACCAUGGCCUUCAGCACUCUGCUGCUGCUUAUUGGUGCCCACAUCAUCGCAUGUGCCCUCUAUUAUCUUGGGUCGGCCACCGGCGGCAAUGAGAACACGUGGCUCCUUGAGUACUCGCAGAUCCAGCAACAGGAGGACAGCAUCUCCAUGUACCUCAGUGCGCUGCUCUGGGCUUUGGCACAGCUGACGCCGGGAUUGGGGCCGAGUCCCGUGAACCCGAAGAGCGUGCCUGACAUGAUCCUCUCUACGACGGUUCAUGUCCUUGCACUCCUUGCCUGCAUUAGCCUUUUUGCGCAGGGGGGUAUGUUGGUAAUGCGUCUGCGGGAUGCCCGUGGAGAGUGGGCCAACCGCCAACUGGCCUGCAGGGCCUAUCUGAACACAUGCAAGUCCAGUGGGGCCCGGGUGCCUCAGCGAUUGCAGUGCCACAUUCUGAGCUGGUUGGAGUUGGAGCCCGAGCCUCGCAAGGCCAUGGCUCCUGGACCUCGGUUCUUGGGCUGGUGCGGCCCCCGGAGCCUCGGCUUCGACGCUUGGCACCCGUGGCUUCCCUCCGAGAGCAGGUCGCCCUUGGCUCUCUUACCGCCUCUGAUUCAGCAAGAGCUUCUCCAGGAGUUGGCGGCACCCUUCUUAUCCCUCCAUCCCUUCUUUCAUGAGCUCGACGUGGCCCACCCUCAGGCCCUUCGGCAAGUUAUUGAUUGCUUCCAACAGUUCUUCUACAGCCCCAUGCAGCCCAUUUUCCGUGCUUUGACCAAUGCCAGCAAGCUGCACAUGGUGACCCGCGGCUCUGCGACGUACUUGCUGGACCCCGCCAGUCGCGCGGGGGCCAGCAAACGACUCUCGCGGGCACCCGUCAAAGUGAAGCUCGGCCAGCAUAUCUCGGAAGGAGGGCUUUGGUUGGAAGCUUGGCAACAUCAGGGUGUGUUGACGGCCGAUGGCAUUGAAGACGCAUCCUGCGAAGUGCUGGUCUUGGAUGAGCAGAGCUUCGGCCAUCUCCUGCGUCGCAGUCCGGGGGAGCUUUGGCAGGCAGCUGCGAGCUAUGCUCGGGCCUAUGCCAAACGGGCCGCAGAGCGAGUUACACUGACAGACUUAGAUGGAGACCUGGAGAGCCUGGUGAAGAUUACGGACGAGGCCUUCGCGGACGCACUCCGCUACCUCGCACAUGAAGCCGAGCAAGAUCCCACCGGUGAAGCCAUCGGGCCGGAGUCAGCUUACUGCUCAUACAACCAGCUGCUUUCGCUUGGAAAGCCCUCGUCGAAGGUGGGCCGUGGCAUGGGUGCGACUUGCUGUGCGGAGCGGGACAGGGAGGCCCAGGGUGGAAAUAAAGAGGAGAAGAGGAUUGAUCCGGCGGAUGGAAAAGCAUACAGUUUCAACCAGAUCUCCAAGUUCUACAGAGGAGUAUACAGCAAGCACGACAUCCAGACCUACUGGGACCGGAGUUGCAUGAAGAUUUCGGGCCUGGACCUGUCGCCCGACGCUGUGGAGGUAAUGAAGGCGCGAGGCAUCGAGUCUGAAGUGGGUUCAUUCUGGAACCUUCCUCCGUGCACGACAUACGACACCAUGCUGAUGCUGAUGAACACCGCAGGGGUGGCCGGCACCUUCGAGCGUCUCUCGGCUGACUCGAUUCUUUGGGCAUCGGAGAUGUGGGGCAAGGUUUGA